AUGAGGAAUUCCUCGCAAUGGAUCACCCUCAAUGUCGCCCGUCUUUUUCACACUUCGGUCGCCGGGCCACGGUUGAGGCCCCAUCGAUCAUUCCAUAUCACCUCUUUGGCCAGCUUCCCGCGAAAGCGCAGCUUCUUCACCUCGAAUCCCUACCUCUCCCAAGCCGAUGACGACUCCCGCUCGGCAUCAGAGCUGAACAAGGAAGAUAAAAGCUCUGCCGCGGCAAAGAGAAAGCCCACACGACCGAACACAGCCAAGAAUUCGCUCCGCCGUGUGGCUAUCAUUGCCCAGCAGCCGAAACGAGGUGCAGCAGCGCCAGGAAGCCCCAGCGAUGAACCCUCGAAUGUGGUCAGCGCAACCUGUGUUGCGGAGACUUUCAAGAUGCCCAUAGUUCUGGAGAUCUUGUCAUCGCAUGGCUUUGACAUUGACCCGGAUGGCACUGGAUUCGAUGCAAACGAAGUGGUUCAUGCAAGAGGAGUCAAUGGUGGAGACAUCUUCGUCUUCCCCUCAGGCACAAUUGUGACGUGGUCGUUGCCCUCGGAUGUUGUCACCAGACAGAUCAUGCGCGCUGCUGAAGAAGCGCAUCCCAUCACGCAUCGAGAGUUCGAAGAUCUCGAAUUCACUACCGAUACUAACCGAGAAGCAAGCGUGCUCAAGGGCGAUGUCAUUGUUCUCGGCACCCGCAAGGAGAAUAAGGAAGCCGACAAGCUAGACACCACAUUAGCCAAGGUUGCUUUCUCCUCUGGUCUUGCACGAAGCACAAAACUUGCCGUCCUCGAGACGGCGUUGACAACGUACUUUGAAAGUACACGCAACAUCCCCGCCCUCCUCUCCCGAGGCGCCGGCAUUCCCCUCGGUCGGAAAUUCAUUCUACAAAAGACAGGCGAACUGCUCAGUCUCCGCGCCCGCCUAAACCAUUACUCCGAACUCACAGACUCUCUGCCUGAUAUCUUCUGGGACACCAGCUCCGAGCUGGGUCUCGAGGGGUAUUAUGAGCAAGUUGGUCGUGCGCUUGACGUCAACGUGCGCAUUCGGGCUCUGAACCAGAAGAUGGACUAUGCUGCUGAGAUCGCUAGUGUUCUGCGUGAGAUGUCCAGUGAGCAGCACGGUACACGCCUGGAGUGGAUCAUCAUCCUGCUCAUUGCGGUUGAAGUUAUCUUUGAGCUGCGUCGCAUCGUCCUUGAGAUGAUGCAGGAACGGGAGAUGGCGGCUGAUCUACAGCCACCCGUGACACCAGUGGGGUAG